AUGGCAGCCGCAACCACAAAGCUUUUCGUGUUGGUGUUGUUUCUAGCAAUGUGUGUGGGCAUGUGUAGACCAUGGGGUGAGAAAGUGGCUGAAGGUACCAAAGAAACCGCCGUGGAAGCCAAGGAUAGUGCCGCCGCCGCCGCCGAAAAGGCCAAGGAAAAGACUGAAUCGGCUGCUACUUGGGCUUAUGACAAAAUCAAAAGUGGUUUGAGAAUGAAGAGUAAUGAGGCACAAAAACAGCAGAACAUACAUGAUGAUCAAGUGCAGAAAAGGUUAAGCAGUGAAAAAGCCAAAAUAGCACAGAACUCAAAGAUUGAAGCUAAAGAAGCAGCCUCCAAUGCCACGGAAAAAGUUAAAUCUGCAGCAUCGGAUGCAUCCCAGUACGCUUCAGAAACGGCAUCAAGUGCGUCAAAGAAAGUAAAAGGCGCAGCGGCAUAUGGAAAAGAUAAAGCCGCAGGCGCAGUGGCAUAUGGAAAAGACAAAACCGCAGGCGCUGUGGAAUACGGAAAAGAUAAAGCCUCUGGUGCGUACGCAGCAACUAAGAAGCAAGCAAACAAAGCCUCCAAUGCUAUCGGAGAAACCGUUAUGACCGCUAAAGACAAAACAUCAGCCACUUAUGACCAAGCUAAAAGAUAG